UCUUCAGAUAUGAACACAUGGUGCAGUAAACUUUACCUUAAAUAAUAUUUAACAGGGAAUGAAGGACUUUAUUUUGUUCAGAGGAUGAUUCACAUUCACAUCUAGUGAUCAGAAUUAAUCAGUAUUGACAUUAAAGGGGAUAUUGAUCGUCCAUUAGUCAGAUUUAUUUUCAUCUGAAGGCACACACACACACACACACACACACACACACACACACACACACACACACAUUAAGAAAAACAACACACAUACACGCCUGUAUCACAAACAUGUUGGACCUGUUUGUUCAGUUUCCAACAGGUGAUUUACAGGAAACAGCUCAAAGUGAAAGUCCAGUUCAGUCCUGGAGUCAGUGGACGGUCGGCAGCAGCAGAGUGACGACUGGCUGUGAACUGAUGUCCUCCAUGUGUUUCUGAAGUGAAGCUCAGUAAAGAGACUUUGUGCUUGUUGUAGUUGUGACAGGAAGAUGAAGAUGUUUGUGGUGUUUGUGAUCCUCGUGCACGUCAAGCCAGCUGAAAUUCCACAACACUCUGCAGAUUGAUGAAGACGUUUGGUUCUUGUACAGAGAAUCAGCAGGACUGAAGGUUCAGCUUCCUGUCCGUCAGUCUGAAGCUGCUUCAUGCUCACACAAACUGGACCAACAGCUCUGAAAAGUGUGAGGAAACUGAAGCUCCUCCUCUUUCCUCAGAAGUGAUCUGUGGCGGUCUGACUUCAUUCCAGAGAGCUGCUUUAACAAACUCUGGAGCUCAACUCUGAACUGACAACGGCCGACGGGUCGACAACAGUCUGUCGCCCAGAGAGUCACCAGACUCCCUUAACAAAUGUCUCAGUUUAGAGAGUUGUUGAGUGAAGAGAGUCUUCAGAUAUGAACACAUGGUGCAGUAAACUUUACCUUAAAUAAGAUUUAAACAGGGAAUGAAGGACUUUAUUUUGUUCAGAGGACGAUUCACAUUCACAUAGUGAUCAGAAUUAAUCAGUAUUUACAGCAAACGGAAUAUUGAUCGUCCAUUACUCAGUUUUGUUUUUUUCUGAAGACUGCUCACACACACACACACACACACACACACACACACACAAACAACACACAUACACGCCUGUAUCAGAAACAUGUUGGACCUGUUUGUUCAGCUUCCAACAGGUGGUUUACAGGAAACAGCUGAAAGUGAAAGUCCAGUUCAGUCCUGGAGUCAGUGGACGGUCAGCAGCAGCAGAGUGACGACUGGCUGUGAACUGAUGUCCUCCAUGUGUUUCUGAAGUGAAGCUCAGUAAAGAGACUUUGUGCUUGUUGUAGUUGUGACAGGAAGAUGAAGAUGUUUGUGGUGUUUGUGAUCCUCGUGCACGUUUCCCAGCAUGCCUCAGCUGUGGAGGUGGAUAAGAGGGACCCGUUUGUCCUGCUGCCCUGUGACUUUGCCACUGAUGGACUGGACGAGCCCUCAGUGGUGUGGAGCCGCUACGAUCUCAAUCCUUCAACCGUCCACCAGCGUCAGCAGGAAGGUGACGAACUUAAAGACCAAAACCAGCUUUACAGCAGCCGAACAUCCAUGAAGACUGACGCUCUGGAAACUGGAGACCUCAGCCUCCAUCUGACAAAACUCCACCUCUCUGACAGCGGCUCCUACACCUGCACCGUCAGAUGGUUCAGAGGGGGGAAACACAGAGAACUGAGAGUGACGGACGUACAUCUGCAGGUCAAAGUUUCCCAGCAUGCCUCAGCUGUGGAGGUGUAUGACUGGGACCCGUUUGGCCAGCUGCCCUGUGACUUUCCCACUGAUGGACUGGACGAGCCCUCAGUGGUGUGGAGCCGCUACGAUCUCAAUCCUUCAACCGUCCACCAGCGUCAGCAGGAAGGUGACGAACUUAAAGACCAAAACCAGCUUUACAGCAGCCGAACAUCCAUGAAGACUGACGCUCUGGAAACUGGAGACCUCAGCCUCCAUCUGACAAAACUCCACCUCUCUGACAGCGGCUCCUACACCUGCACCGUCAGAGGGAUCAGUAUGGGGUUAAAGAAAGAACUGAGAGUGAUGGAGGUACAACUGCAGGUCAAAGAACGAUUCCCAUCCUGGGCCAAAGCUCUCCUGGUUCUCCUGGUUCUUGGACUUCUUGUUGGAGCUCUUUUAGUACGUUUUAGGCAGUAUUUCAUGUCAGUUUACCAGGUGGAGGUGGAUUCAGGGGCGGAGUCUGUCCAGCUGCCCUGCAAAACCAUAGUUCAUCUGCCUGUAGACACUAAAGUGGUCUGGAGGGACGGAGACGACAGGAAGGUCCAUGUGUAUCAGAACAGUUCUGACCAGCCUGAAGAACAGUACAGUGAAUACAGAGGUCGAACAGAGAUGAAGAGAAACUUGCUGAAACCUGGAGACCUCAGUCUGACCCUGAAGUUCCCCAGAGAAAGAGACAGUAACACCUACACCUGCACCAUCUACAGGGAGGGACGCAGGCUGAUGAAGAAACAAGUGGAGCUGAAGGUCAAAGUCUACCAGGUGGAGGUGGAGGAGGGGGCGGAGUCUGUUCAGCUGCCCUGCAAAACCACAGUUCACCUGCCUAAAGAUGCUAAAGUGGAAUGGAGGGACAGAUACAUAAUCAACAGGAAGGUCCAUGUCUAUGAGAACGGCUCUGACCAACCUGAUCAACAGGACCAGGUAUACAAAGACCGAACAGAGAUGAAGAAAGACCUGCUGAAGACUGGAGACCUCAGUCUGACCCUGAUAAACCCAACAUACAGAGACACAGACAUCUACACCUGCACCGUCUACAACAGGAAGGAACACAUCCUGAUGGAGAAACAUGUGGAGCUGCAGGUCAAAGUCUACCAGGUGGAGGUGGAUUCAGGGGCGGAGUCUGUCCAGCUGCCCUGCAAAACCAUAGUUCAUCUGCCUGUAGACACUAAAGUGGUCUGGAGGGACGGAGACGACAGGAAGGUCCAUGUGUAUCAGAACAGUUCUGACCAGCCUGAAGAACAGUACAGUGAAUACAGAGGUCGAACAGAGAUGAAGAGAAACUUGCUGAAACCUGGAGACCUCAGUCUGACCCUGAAGUUCCCCAGAGAAAGAGACAGUAACACCUACACCUGCACCAUCUACAGGGAGGGACGCAGGCUGAUGAAGAAACAAGUGGAGCUGAAGGUCAAAGUCUACCAGGUGGAGGUGGAGGAGGGGGCGGAGUCUGUUCAGCUGCCCUGCAAAACCACAGUUCACCUGCCUAAAGAUGCUAAAGUGGAAUGGAGGGACAGAUACAUAAUCAACAGGAAGGUCCAUGUCUAUGAGAACGGCUCUGACCAACCUGAUCAACAGGACCAGGUAUACAAAGACCGAACAGAGAUGAAGAAAGACCUGCUGAAGACUGGAGACCUCAGUCUGACCCUGAUAAACCCAACAUACAGAGACACAGACAUCUACACCUGCACCGUCUACAACAGGAAGGAACACAUCCUGAUGGAGAAACAUGUGGAGCUGCAGGUCAAAGUCCACAAGGUGGAGGUGGAUUCAGGGGCGGAGUCUGUCCAGCUGCCCUGCAAAACCACAGUUCACCUGCCCGAAGACGCUAAAGUGGUGUGGAGUUAUGGAUACUACAGGAAGCUCCAUGUGUAUCAAAACGGUUCUGACCAGCAUGAAGAACAGGACAGAUAUUACAGAGGUCGAACAGAGAUGAAGGGAAACCUGCUGGAACCUGGAGACCUCAGUCUGACCCUGAAGUUCCCCACAGACUGGGACAGUAAGACCUUCAUCUGCACCGUCUACAACAGGGAGGGACGCAAACUGAUGGAGAAACAUGUGGUGCUGAAGGUCAAAGACUGUCAGGUGGAGGUGGAGGAGGGGGCGGAGUCUGUCCAGCUGCCCUUCAUUACUACACCUGACCUGCCUGAGGACGCUACAGUGGAGUGGUACUGCUAUAAACCCUCAUUCAGGACAGUCCACCUGUAUAAGGACAGAUCUGACCAGCCUGACAAACAGCACCAGGAUUACAAAGACCGAACAGAGAUGAAGAAAGACCUGCUGAAGACUGGAGACCUCAGUCUGACCCUGAAACACCCCAAAGAGACAGACACAGGAACAUACAGGUGUGGAGUCUACAGCAAGGACAUGUGGAGAGGGAAAAGAGUGAAGCUCAAAGUCAAAGGGAACAUCAGGAACAGAAGCAGCUCCACUGAUCCGACUCCUCUGAUGGCUGAUCAAUCUGUUUGAUCGGUCUGUUGGUCAAUCUUUGAUUAUUGAUCUGAUGAGACUUUGGAUCAGAGACUAAAUGGAGGUGAAGGAGCUGAUGGAGGACGGAUGAAGACAGGAGGACGCUUCAUCAGCUUCUUCUUCACUCUGACUCUCACACACAGUCUACACACUCACUAUUGAUGACUGUUGAUCAGUGAUGUCAGAGUGAUGUCAGAGUGAUGUCACAUGGUGGUUUAGAUCCUUUGAACUCUGACAGUAAAGUGUAAAUACAACCUCAGAUGUAGAGACAGCAGGUCUCUGCAGUAACAACAUGUAUCAUUACCUUUACAGAGUGUCUACACAUAGAAACACCUCACAUUUAACACUUUAACACCUUUUAAUGCCACUUUAUAUGGGAUUUAAGUGAAAUUCAAAAGUGAAAUACAUAUACACAUAUUGCAUAUACUAGUUAUUGCUGUAAGCUUUUACCAAAAAAAGAUGAAUUAAUGAAUGAAUAAAUGGAGAUUCUUUCAUAUUUGAAGUGUUUUUUAGAGUCCAACGUCUUUAAUGUGGAUCUGUGUCAUCUUCACUUCAUCAGUGUGUUUCAGCUGCAGGACCAUGUUUUCUUCACAGAAACACAUGAAGAACAGAUUAUAAGAUAUCAGAUGAAGAUUCCUGUCAGCCAAUCAGAGUUCAUCACUGAUGUUCUGGUAAACAACCACCAGAGGGCGACAUGAGCACAGCAGGAUUAUUACCUCUGACAACGUUUCCACUGCUGGACCUCAGUACACUUCUGAGCUAUUUGUACUUUACUGGAGGAUUUCUGCAAAUAUCUACU